AAUAGUUUCAAUGGUAGUGUCGGUGGUAUGAUGAUCACAUUCUCGUAACUGUUCGCUCAUAAAGAUGAAAACUUUAAUCAAAAGUUUCAAAAACCCCACCGCACCUAACGGUCUAAUUUUUUGACAAUCUUUAAACGAAAAAAUUUGUGAAAAAGAAGGAAGUUUUACUGAUUAUUAAUUUCUUUUACGUACUACUGCAAUCAUUUACAGUGUUUUUCAUGCGCAAGCACAAAGCUUUAAGCUUUAACUGUGGGUUUUUUUGGAUGGGGUCCCUUUAGAAAAGGACACAGCUUUCUAUAAUCAAAGCUGUACAGGUGUCCAUGUGGAUGCCUUAACUAAGGCCAGACAGUGAAAGAAAGAAAGGAAAGGAAGAGAAAGAGACAGAGAGAGUGAUUCAUGUGAUGUUGAGCGCCUGAGUUGAGCUUCUUCUCUGCUUUUUUUUUUUUUUUGGCUGUUGAUUAGAUUUUUUUUUAGUGUUGCUUGUUUGAGUGGUUUUCACCAUCAAGGCCUAUCAAAGCCAACAAACAAUAAAAAAGAAAAAAAUUGAGGAAAGUGGUCGUUUUGGAGAUCUCUGUUUUUCAGCUUUAAGGGAAAACAUGAUGAGGUUUCGUUACCAGAGUCAUUGUUAUCUGCCUCUUAGAAGAGAAGCAAUUGCUGGGAUAUUUGUGUUGCUUUUCCCAGUUUUUCUGCCGUGUUUGUUUACUCCAUUCGGCCAUGCAUCCCCUUCUACAUUCUCGGAGUGGAAUGUUCCUAAACCUAGACAUUUACCUUUACUCAGGAGUGCCUUACAACGCGAAAGUUCCAAUGGAGAGCAGUCUGAUCUAUGGACUCCUUUGGCUGACCAAGGGUGGAGGCCAUGUCUUGCAUCUGUAAAUGCCCCUUCAGCAUUGCCACAGAAAUCUGAAGGAUAUCUUCAGGUAUUUCUUGAUGGUGGACUCAACCAGCAAAGAAUGGGGAUAUGUGAUGCUGUUGCUGUUGCUAAAAUACUGAAUGCAACACUUGUGAUCCCACAUCUUGAAGUAAAUCCUGUUUGGCAAGAUUCAAGCUCAUUCAUGGAUAUAUUUGAUGCGGAUCACUUUAUUAAUGUAUUGAAGGAUGACAUCUCAAUUGUCAAAGAGUUGCCUGAUGAAUUCUCUUGGAGCACGAGGGAGUAUUAUGCCACUGCUAUUCGUGCUACCAGAAUUAAAAGAGCACCUGUUCAUGCAUCUGCAAACUGGUAUCUUGAGAAUGUCUUGCCUGUACUACGGAGUAAUGGGAUUGCUGCAAUUUCUCCAUUCUCUCACCGUUUGUCUUUUGACAACUUGCCGAGUGAGAUCCAGCAACUACGCUGUAAAGUCAACUUUAAAGCGCUUGUUUUUGUUCCACACAUUAGAGCACUAGGAGAUGCCCUUGUCCAUCGCCUCAGAUAUCCUCCUGGUGAAAGUGAAGCACUUAGCGCUAACUAUCUUGGGGAGACCACUGAUCAAAAUGACAAACAAAGGCCGCUGAAAUUUGUCGUGUUACACCUUCGGUUUGAUAAGGAUAUGGCUGCACAUUCAGCCUGUGAUUUUGGUGGGGGUAAAGCUGAAAAAUUGGCUCUGGCCAAGUACCGACAAACAAUUUGGGGAGGGAGGGUUCUCAAUUCUCAGUUUACUGAUGAAGAAUUGAGAAGUCAGGGGCGUUGCCCGUUGACUCCUGAAGAAAUUGGACUGCUGCUAGCAGCUUUGGGUUUUGACAAUAGUACCCGUCUUUAUCUUGCCUCCCACAAGGUAUACGGUGGGGAAUCUAGGAUUUCCACCCUGCGAGGGCUGUUUCCACUGAUGGAAGACAAAAAGAGCCUUGCCUCUUCAGAGGAAAGGGUCCAUAUAAAAGGAAAGGCUUCUUUGUUAGCUGCAGUUGAUUAUUAUGUUGCUAUGCAUAGUGACAUCUUUGUCUCAGCUUCUCCUGGGAAUAUGCAUAAUGCAUUGGUGGGACAUCGAAGUUUUGAGAACAGGAAGACCAUAAGGCCAAAUAUGGCUUUGUUGGGCCCACUCUUCCUUAACAAAAACAUUACUUGGUUGGAAUUCCGACAGGCAGUGGCGGAAGGGCAUCAAAACAGACAGGGGCAACUCAGGUUAAGGAAACCAAAACAGUCCUUAUAUACAUAUCCUGCACCUGAUUGCAUGUGCCAAGCUUAAGCCUCUCAAGGUCAUUUACAGAUAUGCUGAAGGAAGUGAGACUAGCUUCUGUAUCUUAUUGAUUUUAUUACUGCAACUAUUAUUUGUGGCUUUUACUAUUGGUAUCAUAAAUAAGCAGCAAUCCCAUUUCUCCCCAUAGAUAAAAGUAUUACAUCUAGCGUUAAUACAGCUAUUGUUUGUAUUGACAUGGCGGUAUUUAUAUCGAGAGUGGGGUUGUUAGCAUCAAAUUUAUUGUGGAUCCUAUUGAGUAUGGACUGUGGAGUGGAGUAUGUGACAUAAUUCAGCGGCAGGUCUGGGUUUUGUUUGUUGCAUAUCUCUGCCAGUGAAGCUGUCUGUACAACAUUUAUUGUAUUCAUAUUACAUCAAACAUCUAUGCGUCCUUAGGCAACAAACUUGAGUUCUUACUUGGCAGUUGGCAGCAUUAUAUCUAAUUCA